AGCGAGUGGGCGACGAGUGGAAGCUGCAAUAAACACACAGGGCGUCUGCGCUUUUCUAACUAGGACAAUAAAGUGCAAACGGCAUCAAUGCUUUAACCAUGGAGCUAUCCGAUAUGCUUCUCCUGAAACUGGUCCUUUUCGCCUACUUGCUGCAUGACACUCAAGGCCACUACCGGAAUCCCCUCAACAAGUACAUCCUGCACUAUGAAGGCCUUUCUUAUGACACAGAGGUUGUACACAACGACCAUCAGAGGGCCAAAAGGGCGCUCUCCCACCAAGACCAGUUUCUUCAUUUAGAUUUUCACGCUCAUGGAAGACAUUUUAAUUUGCGCAUGAAGAGAGAUACUAGCUUGUUCACACCAGACUUGAAGGUGGACGUUUCAGGACACGAGUCGACAUAUGAUACCUCUCAUAUCUACACUGGAGAAAUAUACGGUGAACAAGGUACGCUAGCUCACGGUUCCAUCGUGGAUGGUAAAUUUGAGGGCUUCAUUCAGAGUUACCACGGCAACUACUACGUGGAACCCACCGAGCGCUAUCUGGAGGGCAAACAUGUGCCUUUCCACUCCGUCAUUUACCACGAGGACGACAUACACUAUCCUCACAAGUACGGUCCAGAGGGAGGAUGUGCCGAUAGCUCCGUGUUUGAGAGGAUGAAGAAGUACCAGGCCUCUGCUGUAGAAGAGACGUACAAGCAGGCAUUUGACAGUCAGCCGCUCCUUAGCGAAUCUGUGAUGCUGAGAAAGAAGAGGAUGGCACAGGCUGAGAAAAACACGUGCCAGCUCUUCAUCCAAACAGAUCACCUCUUCUACCAGUAUUACAAGACAAGAGAGGCUGUCAUCGCUCAGAUCUCCAGUCACGUGAAGGCCAUUAAUGCCAUCUAUCAGGGCACGGACUUCUUAGGGAUUCGCAACAUCAGUUUCAUGGUGAAACGAAUCAGAAUAAACACCACCAGUGUUGAGAAGGACAGGUCCAACCCAUUUCGAUUUGGUAACAUCGGAGUGGAGAAGUUCCUGGAGCUCAACUCGGAGCAGAAUCACGACGACUACUGUUUGGCUUACGUUUUCACCGACAGAGACUUUGAUGACGGCGUCUUGGGUUUGGCCUGGGUGGGAGCACCUUCAGGGAGUUCUGGAGGCAUCUGUGAAAAAAGCAAGUUGUACUCCGAUGGCAAGAAGAAAUCUCUCAACACGGGGAUUAUCACUGUCCAGAACUACGCCUCCCACGUUCCUCCCAAAGUCUCCCAUAUCACCUUUGCACAUGAAGUGGGCCAUAACUUUGGCUCCCCGCACGACUCAGGAUCGGAGUGCACUCCGGGUGAAUCCAAGAGCCAAGACAAAAAGGAGAGGGGCAAUUACAUCAUGUAUGCGAGAGCGACGUCGGGAGACAAGCUCAACAACAACAAAUUCUCCAUCUGUAGCGUGCGCAACAUCAGCCAGGUGCUGGAGAAAAAAAGAAGCAACUGCUUCGUUGAGUCUGGUCAGCCAAUUUGUGGAAACGGCCUGGUAGAGCCAGGAGAGGAGUGUGACUGCGGCUACAGUGAUCAGUGCAGGGACCAGUGCUGCUAUGAUGCCAACCAGGAUGACAACAAGAAAUGCAAAUUAAAGCCCGGCAAAGUGUGCAGUCCCAGCCAGGGUCCUUGUUGCACCCCUGAGUGCAGCUACAAGGGGCGCAACGAGAAGUGCAGGGACGAGUCGGAGUGCGCUCAUCAGGGCAUGUGCAAUGGCGGGAGCCCCCACUGCCCGUCGUCUGAGCCCAAGGCCAAUUUCACCGCCUGUCACGGCGAGACUCAAGUCUGUCUGAACGGGGGGUGCUCCGGCUCCAUCUGUAAGAAGUACGGCCUCGAAGCGUGCACGUGCGCCAGCCAAGAAGGAAAGGACGAGACGGAGCUUUGUCACGUGUGCUGCAUGGAAAAGAUGAAUUCCAACACGUGCAGCAGUACCGGGUCGGAGCGUUUGGCGCGUUUCUUCAAUAAGAAGGUGACCACCCUGCCGGCCGGUUCGCCCUGCAACGACUUCAAGGGUUACUGCGACGUGUUCAUGAAGUGUCGCCUGGUGGACGCCGACGGCCCGCUGGCUCGACUCAAGAAGGCCAUUUUCAACCCGGAGCUCUACGAGAACAUUGCCGAGUGGAUUGUGGCCCACUGGUGGGCAGUGUUGCUGAUGGGCAUCGCUCUCAUCAUGCUCAUGGCGGGCUUCAUUAAGAUAUGUAGCGUACACACACCCAGCAGCAACCCCAAGCUCCCUCCCCCAAAACCACUUCCGGGCACGUUGAAGAGGCGGCGAGCGCAGCAGCACGCAAGCUCCCAGGUGCAGCAUCAGGCCCAGCACGGCGGCCACGGCGGUCCGCGGCAGGGCCCGAGGCAGCCUCAGCGGCAGGCCCAGCAGCAACACCAGCGACACCACCGUCAACCUCGAGAGAACUAUCAGAUGGGGCAGAUGAGACGCUGAGACACCCCCCGGACCCCCCCCCCCCCCCCCCCCCCCCCCCUGCGACCCUCCCCCACCCCCUCGCCACCCCCUCCAAUGCCUUGGCUCCUCCUUGUGCCUACAGUGGGAAUCUUAAAAGCGUCACUCCAUCCACGGAAAAGCCCGACAUGGUUGCUAGUCACCGCUGCGUUCUCUGUCUUGCAGAAACGCAAAGCAGAGAAAAAUCCAGCGACUGGAUUGGCGGUCCCCAUCGCAGCGCAGUCUAGCUUCUUUUAUUAUAAUUUUUUUUGCAAUCGUCAUCUACUUUUGGUUCAUUUCAAAGGAGUGCCAAGGAGUUAAGAAAUCAUCCGUAGCUUUAGUCCACUUUAGUGAUGUGUUUUGGUUCUUUUGCGAUGUCGUCUCGAGUGGCUGCCGGCGAGUCGUCGCGUGCUUGUCUUGCGCCCUUCCAGCCACACACACACACAAGAGCGAGACAAGACACUCGGUGGAGGAUUGGCGCCACUUUUGUGAUUUCCACAUGUCCCAAAACGGCGAAGGACACAUGCUCCGGUCUCUUGUGCAGACAGUCUCCUGCAUGUGACUGUACAUAUUUAGUGUAUCAUAAGUGAAAAUGAACUAUUUCUUCUACUGUAAAUGUGUAAUUCUUCGCUCUCUUCUCGUUUUUUUGGGGGUUUUAUUUUUCGGUUAGCGCUCUCAGGACUUUUAACACAUAAACAAAGGCAUGACGGUCGCCAGGAGUUCCUCGGAUGUUGUCGCCGACCAUCUGAUGCUGUCGGGUCCUCUCUGCGGUCACCCAAUCAGGUUCACUUUGGGUUGUUUGUUUCUCUAUUUGAACAAAGUCACCAUAUCCUUCUUUUUCCAAGGUCAUCUUUCCAUUGUUUUAUUUUUUUGCUAACAUGUUGCUUGUGUCGUGUAAUGGAAGAAUCGCUCUGCUUGUCAUCCUUUUUUUUUUUCUCUUUUAAUUUAGCUUUACGAAGAAUGAAUAACCACUAACUGAAGCUGAGGUGAAGGAAAAGUUGCAGCUUAGUUUAGAAUUGAGCGUUAGUGGAAUGCGUGGGGAAAUAAGUUUGAAGGUGACUCGGUGUGGAUGUAUUAAAAACAAAUAGGCUUAUUGCUCAGAUAGGAAACUUUUGUGGGCAUGCAGAGGCAUUAAUCCAAUGUAAGUAUUGAUUGACUUGGGUCUGUACUAGUGUCUCAGCACAAUGCUUUUUAAUGUGAAAAUAAAAGAAAAGAAGACUUGUUGAGUCAGAUUUUUAGUAUAACCUGACUUUGCUACUUCACCAUUCCGGAUUCACACUUUCCAGUUUUUAACUUGUGAUGACAGAAAGCACCGGCGGGCUAUGUUUGAAAGACGCGUUUCACCUCAGGCAUUCUUUCACAAAAUAACAACUUGAUAUGAUUCAGUGUUUGCUUCUCACUAACAUUAAAAACACAUCAUAUUUGCAUUAUAUAUUUCAUGCAUUAUUUUUGCCUACUGGUCUGAAUUGAGUUUCUUAAUUCUGUUUUGAGUGCAUGCAGUUCAAAUCACAAGUAAUGUCUUACAACACUGUCCUGAGUGUUGGAAUAAUCCUACGUUUUGCUGCGGAUGGGAUGAGGAAAAGUGUCACAGUUGAUGUCUGUCACAUGAUGAUGAAUCAGGCUUAUGUCUGUACAAAAAAAAGUGGAUUUAAAAAAAAAAAAUGUCAUUCUUGGCUCCAGAAUCUAACAUGUAAACUUGUACAGUACUUUGAAAAUUUGCAUUUCAUUGAAAAAAUUACAUUUUGCUACAUCUGCUGAUUUCUUUACAAAAAAAAAAAUAUUUUAUUCCAAUUCAAAGAUGUUCAUAUGUGACAAAAUCUCUUAAGUUAUUUAUGUUUUUGUAUGUGCUAGUUCAACUGGAGUUUGUUUAUGAUACUUUUUCUCCACUGUCAUCAAUGAUAUAAAAACAAUUGAGUGUGAUGGAUUUAAUGUGACAUUCUCAUUUUAGUCUUUGUUAUCCUGUGGCAUGGUUUGGCUAGAAGAGCAGAAGAAUAAUGCCUGUAAAUUUCUUUUCUUUUCAUUUCGUAGUCUUGAUUUGGGGAAAAAAAAGGUUUUAGAUGAACGUGCACUGCAAUGUCCAAAUUAAUUUUGAAAUGUUGUAGGUGAUGUAGGCCGAAAGAACACACGAUUAAAAAGUAAUACUACUGUC